GAUGGUCAAAAAAAAAAAAGAAAAAAAAAGAAAAAGAGGUGUGGCGAAGGAUUCUAUGAUGUUCUUCUCCAAAGAAAUGGUGAAUGCCUCUGCCGGUAUGAUCAUAAAGAGAGAGAGAGAAAAUGGAGAUGAGCGGAGUUGCCUUACAUUUUCAGAAACCAUUAUGGAUGUUGAAGAAUGUGCGUAGAAAUUGGAUUGCCGAAUGGGGUUUCCCUCUCGGAAUGAUAUCAUUUUGAGUGACCCUUCUUGUCUGCUCUGCUGUGCUUACUCCUCCAUUGUGAACUGGCACCAUCUUUGUCAAAGUUCCUUAGCUCCUUUUUAAGCAUCAGUUCCAUGGCAUUAAACUCAUGCAAACUAUUUCAUUCACUUCCAUCGAUAUCGAGAUAUGGGACGACAGCCAUGCUGCGACAAGGUCGGACUGAAACGAGGCCCCUGGACUGUCGAGGAAGAUCAUAAGCUCAUGAACUUCAUCCUCAACAAUGGAAUUCAUUGCUGGAGAUUGGUGCCUAAACUUGCAGGUUUGCUAAGAUGUGGAAAGAGUUGCAGACUAAGAUGGAUCAAUUACCUGAGGCCCGAUCUCAAGAGAGGCGCUUUCACAGAAACGGAAGAGAAUCAAAUCAUUCACCUUCAUUCUCUUCUUGGUAACAGGUGGUCGAAAAUCGCAGCACAUUUUCCGGGCCGAACGGAUAAUGAAAUCAAGAACCAUUGGAACACUCGAAUCAAAAAGAGAUUGAAGCAACUUGGUUUGGAUCCAUCGACACACAAAAGACCUACUGAAAAAACAGAUAGACUGAAAGAAAAGCUGUUUAUUGCAUCAAAUCCAUUAAGAAAACAAGAGGCAAUGCCAAAUUUAGAUUUUGAGACAAAGGAAAUAAACCAAGUGGCAGCUCAUAUGAUAUCAGGUGGUUCUAGUAAUCUGGUGUGCAAAGGCAUUGGAUAUGAAAUGUGGACAGGCCAAUCAGAAACCGACAGCCACGCAUCGUUUUCCUUGGAGUAUUGUUCUUCAAUGAAUGAAUCUCUAUCGAUUAUGAAACCGAACUCUGUACAGUUUGAUAGUUUGGAUUCACUUCCUUCAUGGGAUGAUGGCGUUCCAAAAUUCAAUCAGCUCGAAGAAGACGAUAUUUACUCGCUCGGGAACAGCAGUGGCUACUUUGUCGAUACGUUCUCUCACUAAACUCUCUUCCUCUAAAGCUUACAUUUAUUCCACAUUGUGAACUUGGGUCAUAUUUCAUCAGUUCUUUGAAUGGCUGUAAUUACCUUUUUAUUUCAUUGUCAUGCUCAAUAAUCACACAUGCUUGUCCAAAUAGGAGCAUAUAAAGCUUGAUA